AUGUCCGACCCCAGCUACUGGACGGCGGUGCCGGCGCCUGGUCACCGGAGCCGCCUCGCUAAGGGUGCGCUCCUGCAGCGCUCCAAGAGCUGCCGCAGCGGAAACCGAAAAAGCCUGGUUGUAGGAACUCCCUCACCGACCCUCUCUCGGCCCCUGUCACCCUUGUCAGUCCCAACAGCAGGCAGCAGCCCCCUGGACAGUCCCCGAAACUUCUCUGCUACAUCCGCCAUCAACUUUCCCUUCGCCCGGAGGGCAGACGGCAGAAGAUGGUCCCUCGCGUCCCUCCCGUCAUCUGGCUAUGGAACCAACACACCCAGCUCCACUGUCUCGUCGAGCUCAUCCUCCCGGGAGCGCCUCCACCAGCUGCCCUUCCAGCCAACGCCAGACGAGCUGCGCUUCCUGUCCAAGCACUUCCGAAGUUCCGAGAGCGUGGUGGAUGAGGAGGGCGGCCGCUCGCCCCGCCUGCGCCCUCGCUCCCGCAGCCUCAGCCCGGGCCGCACGUCGGGGACCUUCGACAAUGAGGUAGUCAUGAUGAACCACGUGUACCGGGAGAGGUUCCCCAAGGCUACAGCGCAGAUGGAGGGCCGCCUGCAGGAGUUCCUGGCGGCCUUCGCGCCCGACGACGCCCGGCUGGCACUGGCUGACGGUGUGCUGGGCUUCAUCCACCACCAGAUUGUCGAGCUGGCUCGUGACUGCCUGGCCAAGUCGGGUGAGGCGCUUGUCACCUCCCGCUACUUCCUGGAGAUGCAGGAGAAGCUGGAGCGCUUGCUUCUGGAUGCCCACGAGCGCUCGGACAGCGAGGAGGUGGGCUUUGUGGUCCAACUGGUGCGGAAGUUACUGAUCAUCAUCUCUCGGCCGGCGAGGCUCCUCGAGUGCCUGGAGUUUGACCCAGAGGAGUUUUAUCACUUACUGGAGGCAGCUGAGGGCCAAGCACGUGAAGGCCAUGGCAUCAAGACAGACCUCCCACAAUACAUCAUCGAGCAGCUGGGCCUGACCAAGGACCCUCUUGAAGAAAUGGUGCCUCUGAGUCACCUCGAUGGUGUCCAGGCCCCCACACCAGAGUCCCCCGAGAACCGGCCACUGGUUGGCUCGUCUCGGAGGAAGCCAUGUGAGAAUGACUUUGAGACCAUUAAGCUUAUCAGCAACGGGGCCUAUGGCGCCGUCUACCUGGUUCGGCACCGGGACACGAGGCAGCGCUUUGCCAUUAAGAAGAUCAACAAGCAGAACUUGAUGCUGCGUAACCAGAUCCAGCAGGUUUUCGUGGAGCGCGACAUCCUCACCUUCGCCGAGAACCCCUUCGUGGUCAGCAUGUUCUGCUCCUUCGAGACCCGGCGCCACCUCUGCAUGGUCAUGGAGUAUGUGGAAGGCGGCGACUGCGCCACGCUGCUGAAAAACAUGGGCCCGCUGCCUGUGGACAUGGCCCGCAUGUACUUCGCGGAGACAGUGCUGGCGCUGGAGUAUCUGCACAAUUACGGCAUUGUGCACCGUGACCUCAAGCCUGACAACCUCCUUAUCACUUCUCUGGGCCACAUAAAGCUGACCGACUUUGGCCUGUCCAAGAUCGGGCUCAUGAGCAUGGCCACCAACCUCUACGAGGGCCACAUUGAGAAGGACGCCCGGGAGUUCUUGGACAAGCAGGUGUGUGGGACGCCUGAAUACAUUGCGCCUGAAGUGAUCUUCCGCCAGGGCUAUGGGAAGCCGGUGGACUGGUGGGCCAUGGGCGUUAUCCUCUACGAGUUCCUGGUGGGCUGCGUGCCUUUCUUUGGGGAUACCCCUGAAGAGCUCUUCGGACAGGUUGUCAGUGAUGAGAUCAUAUGGCCGGAAGGGGAUGAGGCCCUUCCAGCAGAUGCCCAGGACCUCAUCACCAGGCUGCUCCGGCAGAGCCCCAUGGACCGCCUAGGCACUGGUGGUACGCAUGAGGUGAAGCAGCACCCCUUCUUCCAUGCCUUGGACUGGGCAGGACUCCUGCGGCACAAGGCUGAGUUUGUGCCACAGCUGGAAGCUGAGGACGACACCAGCUACUUUGACACACGCUCGGAGCGAUACCGACACCUGGGCUCUGAGGAUGACGAGACCAACGACGAGGAGUCGUCCACUGAGAUCCCCCAGUUCUCCUCCUGCUCCCACCGGUUCAGCAAGGUUUACAGCAGCUCUGAGUUCCUAGCGGUCCAGCCCACCCCGACCUUUGCAGAAAGGAGCUUCAGCGAGGACCGGGAGGAGGGCUGGGAGCGCAGUGGUGAGGUGGAAACUGGCCGCCGUAGGAGCAUCGACGUCCGCCUGAGGUCCUGGCCAGCUUCUGGGUCCUCUUGCCACCCCACCUCAUCGCAGCCUGAACGGGGCCCCAGCCCAUCUCUCCUGAAUACCAUCAGCCUAGACACGAUGCCCAAGUUUGCCUUUUCGUCAGAAGAUGAAGCGGUGGGCUCAGCCCCUGUUUGUGCUGAGAAGCCCAUUUUCAUUCUUGGGGAGCCUGACCCGCCUCCAGUAACCACCUCAGUGAUGUCCAAGGCUUCUGGCCUUUCAGCGGACACAGCCGCCCUCAGCCACGCCCGCCUGCGCAGCAACAGCAUCGGCGCCCGACACUCCAUGCCUCGAGCCCUGGACGCCGGGAGGGGACGCCGUCUGGGGGGCCCUAGAGACCCUGGUCCCGAGAAGCCCAGGGCCUCCCCUAGUGGGGGCCGUGUACCCAAAUCUGCCUCAGUGUCUGCUCUGUCGCUCAUCAUCACAGCAGAUGAUGGCAGCAGUGGUGGCCCCCUCAUGAGCCCCCUGUCUCCUCGCUCACUGUCCUCGAACCCGUCCUCCCGUGACUCCUCGCCGAGCCGUGACCCGUCCCCUGUGUGUGGCAGUCUUCGGCCCCCCAUCGUCAUCCACAGCUCAGGCAAGAAGUACGGCUUUAGCCUGCGGGCCAUCCGCGUCUACAUGGGCGAUAGUGACGUUUACACUGUGCACCACGUGGUCUGGAGUGUAGAGGAGGGCAGCCCUGCCCAGGAAGCAGGUCUGCGAGCUGGAGACCUGGUCACCCACAUCAACGGGGAGUCAGUGUUGGGUCUGGUGCACAUGGACGUGGUGGAGCUGCUGCUGAAGAGUGGCAGCAAGAUCUCACUGCGGACCACAGCUCUGGAGAACACGUCCAUCAAGGUGGGGCCUGCCCGCAAGAACGUGGCCAAGGGCCGCAUGGCCCGCCGAAGCAAGCGCAGCCGCCGGCGUGAGACACAGGACCGGCGGAAGUCUCUCUUCAAGAAGAUCUCGAAGCAGUCUUCGGUGCUGCACACCAGCCGCAGCUUCUCCUCUGGCCUCCACCACUCCCUGUCCUCCAGCGAGAGUCUCCCCGGCUCCCCCACACACAGCCUCUCCCCAAGCCCCACGAUGCCCUGCCGCAACCAGAAUCCCGAUGCCCCCACAGACACAGCAUCCCCACCCAGCACAUCUCCGAGCUCCAGCAGCCCAGCCUCUCCAGCAACUGCUGGCCACGCACGCCCCAGCUCCUUGCAUGGCCUGGCCGCCAAGCUUGGACCACCCCGCCACAAGGCUGGUCGCCGCAAGUCUACCAGCAGUAUCCCACCCUCCCCACUGGCCUGCCCACCUGUGCCUGCACCCCCACCUCGCUCACCCUCACCUCUGCCUGGUCACCCACCCGUGCCUGCCCGCUCCCCACGCCUGCGCCGGGGCCAGUCAGCAGAUAAGCUGGGCAUGGGCGAGCGGCUAGAUGGAGAGUCAGGGCGCCGGGGCCGAGGGCCAGACUCGGAGCUGGUGGUCAUGCGGCGGCUGCACCUCUCGGAGCGCCGGGACUCCUUCAAGAAGCAAGAAGCGGUGCAGGAGGUGAGCUUUGAUGAACCUUCGGAGGAAGCAGCCGGGUCGCCCACUUCAGUGCCACAGAUCGCUGUGGAAGGCGUGGAGGCUGUGCUAGAAGCCCCUGGUCCCACAGGCAAGAACUGA